AUGAGAUUCUCAACGCUCGCAGCCGGCCUCCCCCUCGUGGUGGCGGCUCCUCAGGGUCACUCCUUCAAGCAGACCAACAGCGCCUGCAAGGGCCUCGUCCUCGACCAAGCUCCUGAGACCUCGCAGCCCUACGUCCUCCGCAAGGGCUCCGGCCGCGCCGUCCUCGUUGGCGAUCAAGUCUACCGCUUCUCCGUCACGGGCAACUCCUCGGCCGGCGCCUUCACCCUGAUGCAGACCAACGCCCCAGACUCGUCCGCCCUGGGCGUACUCCCCCAUAUCCACAAGACCCACUACGAGAACUUCUACUGCACAAAGGGCCAGAUCCAGCUCUGGGCUAAGACCAACAGCUCCGGCGAGCAGGCCCGCGUCCUCACCCCCGGAGACUACGGCGCCGUGCCCCGCAACACGAUCCACACCUUCCAGAUGAACGACCCCGACACCCAGCUCACGGGUGUCAUCCAGCCCGGCGGCUUCGAGGAGCUUUUCGUCGCCAUCGCCAAUACUGACUUCGUCUCCCCCAUCGGCUCCGAGUUCGUACCCGCCGCCUCUAACGGCUCCUCCGGCUCCGACCCGGCCCAAAUCUCCGCCCUCGAAGCCUUUGACGUCUACGCCCAUCUCGACUUCAACCCUCGCCGCGAUCUCAUUAACGGCAGCGCUGGAGGCCCAAAUACCUGGCACACCGCCGCCAACACCCUCGCGCCCGACGUCGUCACCCCCAACUUUAUCGCCAAGAACCGCGGGCCAAAGUACCUUAACGCCGACGGCGGCGUCUACCACCUCAUCGCCCCCUUGGCAACAGCUAAGCAGACGGGUAAUAACUUCACUAUGGGCACCGUCACCCUGAGCCCCUUGCUGUCCAACCAGACCGCUACCAAGGCGAACUUCGACCAGCCCCUCGCCUUCCAGCUCGAGGAGGGCGCCCUCGAGGUCGCCGUCGAAGGGUACGACGCCGUGACGCUGAUCCAAGGCGACGUCAUCUUCGUCCCCGCCAGUACCGCCUUCACCUAUGCCGCCUCCGCCGCCUUUACAAAGUUCCUGUACGUUAGCGGCGGCGGCGACGGCUUCGACUACCAGCUCCUCCAGCGCGCCGUGCCUUGGGAGUAUACCACGUACCCCAUCAACGCCGGCUUCACCGUGCAGUAA